CCAUUACAUUUCUGAGGCAAAUCGAAAUUAGUCGUCGGGCAUCGUCACCAACUUUCAUUGUAUUAAAUAUUGCUAAAGAAUUUUGAAAGUUCAAAGAAGAUAAAAUAGCAUUUAUAUUAAACGUAAAUGUAAAAUUAAACUUGCUGGAUAUUUUUAUUGCGAGUUGAAGUGGCCUUUGAAAUUAUAUGAUCAAUAAUAGUGAACGAAAGUUUCCAUCUACAUAUUUCAAUUUGUGCAAAGAACGUGAAAACUGAAACGGUUGAAGAGAAGGAAGUGAUAUUGGUCGUGCAUUGGUGAGCAAAUUUUUUACCAUCUGUGGCAAUAAACUUAUAUACAUAUAACGAAUAUAAACUGGAACUUAACGAUCAAAAGUACUUUUAAUAACAAUGGCUUGUGCGACACUUAAGCGUACACUUGAUUGGGAAGCACUUAAUCAACGACCUACAAAACGAAGGCGUUGUAAUCCUCUUGGGCAAUCAGCAGGAACAACGCCAUCACGCUCGUCUGCAACUUCCACUUCACUAUAUGAAAAUGCACAGACAUCCAGUGGACGAAGUAUUUCCAAAGAACCACAACCCAAUCCAUUCACAGAAGCCAACCUAUCAAAAAUAUCUCCAGGUAAAAUGGCUCUGGAUAUUCGUAAUGAAAUCAAAAGACUUCAACGCUGUAAGCGACUGCAUUUUCCUUCGUCCACCGUAGAUGGCAUGCAACAGGAUUCAGAAUCGAGUGGUUCCGAAAUGGGUGCUGACAGUCCUCGUCGUCCAGACACUCCACCGAGCUUGGUGCGUAAUCCAGAAAAGGCUCUUUUUACAUUUAAACAGGUUCAGUUGAUAUGCGAACGUAUGCUGAAGGAACGAGAAGAUGAGAUACGUGAAAAAUAUAAUGAUGUACUGACUACUAAGCUCGCCGAACAGUACGACGCGUUUGUAAAAUUCACUUACGACCAGAUACAGAGGCGCUACGAAGCUACCCCAAGUUAUCUUUCAUAAUCGGACCUCAAGCGUACUUCAUUGCUAGUCGCUAAGAUUUCAUCAUAGCAUAUAUACACAUAUGUAUUUAUGCAUUUUUUUUUUUUUUUUUUUUUUUUUUUUUUU